AUGUACACGAUGGCUCAACCACACCCAUUCGCCUACACGGCGCAACCAGCUCACCCUCCCCCUCCUCCCCCUCCCACCAAGCAGUACCCGCCCACUAGCAGUGCCUUCAGCAGCUCUGCUGGUCCUGACGAGGAUUGGACCAAGAUCUCCGACUUGGCUGAGCGCAGGAGGAUACAGAAUCGCAUUGCCCAGCGCAACUACCGCAAGAAGCUUAAAAAGCGUCUUGAAGACCUCGAGAGGCGGGCGGGCACGUCGGACGGAGCUUCAUCUGCAUCGGGCAAUGACAAAACGAGUUCCCCAGCGAAGAAGCGUACCCAGGCAAGCAAGACGAGAACAUUGCUUGCUCCUGUGAAGGCAGCGGUCCCCGCACCCUACACGCCACCUAUCCGUCCUGAGGAGGAAUAUCUCUUCCAGCCGACUUCCUACGACCAACGGGACAGGUCGCACAGCCCACCAAUGUUCACUUAUUCCACUUACCCGCCGCCCCCUGAGGACAUGAUGAUGUCUGCCUCCUAUGGCGCCAUCCCCGCAUACCGGCACAUCCAGCCAGCCGAGCCGUAUCCUGAUUACCUGUCACCGCCGCCGGUCCCAAUGGUGCUGCCGCCAAUGACGCACUACACCGAGGCUGUCAAACGGGAUCCGAGCUAUCCGGCUACCACGGCAGCCGAGGAGAGCUACCCCUACAUGGGCUACACCAGUUACAUCCCUGGUGUUGAUAUGGGUCCUGCCGGUCAUCCCUCGCCAUAUGAACAGAUGCCUCAUACCCCACCUCUCUCGCAUUCCUAUGACCACUCAACGGCCUGCUCGGAGUCCGGAAGCUACGACUACCCGACAACUCCUCUGUCAAUGCCGGGCUCGCCCGGCAUGGUCCAGCAACAGCUGUGA